AUGGGGCUCUCGCUGUCGAAGAUGCUUCAAGGGCUGUUUGGCAAGAAGGAGAUGCGGAUCCUGAUGGUAGGAUUGGAUGCAGCAGGAAAAACAACGAUCCUAUACAAGCUGAAGCUGGGAGAAAUUGUUACAACGAUCCCAACAAUUGCAGGAUUCAAUGUAGAAACAGUAGAAUACAAGAAUAUCUCGUUCACGGUCUGGGAUGUGGGAGGACAGGACAAAAUCCGGCCACUGUGGCGCCACUACUUCCAGAAUACGCAGGGGCUUAUAUUUGUUGUGGAUUCAAACGACCGGGAGCGAGUGUCAGAGGCUCGAGAGGAGCUGAUGCGGAUGCUGAGUGAAGACGAGCUGCGGGAGGCGGUCCUGCUUGUUUUUGCAAACAAGCAGGACCUUCCGAAUGCAAUGAACGCGGCAGAGAUUACAGACAAGCUUGGACUUCACUCACUGAGAAACCGCAACUGGUAUAUCCAGGCGACCUGUGCAACCUCUGGAGAUGGGCUGUAUGAAGGCCUGGAUUGGCUUUCAAUGAACUUGAAAAAACGAAGCUCGAGCUGUUAG